GGUUCGUUUUCAAAGCCGUUCAAGAAGGUCAUUGUACUUAAACUCAUUUAAAAUUAGGAUCCGAAAAAAGAUGUUGAAAAUAGCUUUUCAGGAAGUGCCGUCUACUUGCCACUGUUUUGCAGAAUUAACGUUUAUUGUCAACUGACUGCACUCUUUUGUAUGCCGACGUUUGAAACUGAAAGUCAGCCGACUGGAAAGCUUAAAUGUGUAUUUAAAUAAUUUCUUCCAUAUGCAUACUUUCUGACCUGCAUUAUCUCUUUUCUGAGAAGUCGGUUUCAAGAAUCGACCACAACUGUAAGAUGAAUUCUGUAGUUUAGUGAACUUCGGCACAGAGAGAGACAGGCCUUAUUUUGGAGGUAUCGUUCCGAAAUUCCCAGCAAAUAAAGCUUCCAUUCACAUUGGAUAAAAUGGGUAAGCAAAACAGAUAACACCAGAAGAUCAAAAGCGAUAACAGCCGACAUCAUGGAGAAUCGCCGGUGAAUGAGUUGCAAAACUCGUGUCAGAUGUGAUUUCUCUCAAAACGGUGCUAACGUAAUGUGCACAUGACCUCCUUAUUGUAUUUAAGACAAACAAAGAGGGGAAAAAUCAGUAUACAAUGAGUAAAAUAGGUCAAUGGGUGUACAUUUAACAAAAGUCCCAUGUGAAUGGGGAGUAGACAAAUGGCGACUCAAUUCCAAAAACCCAACACUUAUUGAAGAAAGGGUAGAACCAGUGAAGUUUUGAUAUAAAAUGCGCCUUAUUCGCUAUUUUUAAGUUUGGGGCUUUUAUCCGCCGUAAGUCGAAACUCGCCUUCACCUGAAUUUGCUUCAGGUAAUAGAUUUGCAACGCAGACUGGCACGAUUUCCUAAAUAAUCAAUGUAGAAUUCAUCAAAUUACUACCAGACUCACUUAGUGGAUAGGUGUCGUGGGUUUUAAUCCCAUUCAGGCUGCCGAUUUUUUCACAGUUGGGUCAAACGGACAGGAAUUUACUCACAUAUUCCCGAAUAAAUGGCACCUAUCCCCUCUUUAGGUUCCUAGGGCGAUUUCAGCAGCAUAGAAUGCUUUAAUGUUGCUAUUUACACAGUGCCUUAGUGAUGGGAUUUUGCCUACCGCGAGACAUUUUCCCACACUUUCGAAAUAUUAUUCAAUAGGCUUAACUCAUUUCUCUGAUGUUAUGUCGCGAGUAAAUCAUUGACCACCGUUAGUCACCCGCCCCUAAUGAAGCCUUUCACUACUAAUUGGUCCAUUUUGACAUUUUUUAAAGCACUGCUUUCGGCGGUGACUAUGGAGUUGCAAAUGAGGGUGGUCGUGAAGGCAAUGUGAGUUUUUUUCUAUCUCCUAUCCACCGCCGAGCUUCAUUUAUUGUGCGUAUGUUUAUGUUCUUGUUGAUGUCCAGUAAUCUAUAUUCUGCGUGACGUUAGUCGAUAACAUGGCAAACUUUUUUGCCGGACUCAAGCGCUCCGUAAGCCAACUGACAAACAUUUCCAUUACCAGUUAUGUGGAAUAAUGUAAGGUCGUUGUCUGUUGUGGGCAAGAGCACACUCGGCCCGUACUAAGCAGUCCUAGAUUUUGGCGGUUCACGGUGAUAGAGAGAUUAAAAAGCAGCUUUCCUACCUUUCCUAUCGACUGCUUUCUCUCCUUUCUAGCUGUAUGAAGAAUCACCACCACCGCUGCCCAUAACUAAAUCGUUCGGGAUCUCCCAACCCCGUACCAAUAAAUGUCCAGGUACGCAGCCUACGAAGCCAACAUCCAUUUCGCCAUCUCUGUCGAGAGUGGAACUGCAGCAGCCUGAAUUACGGUCGCCAGAACGAUUAAAGCAUCAAUCCGACUCAGCAACUCGACCGAUUUCAACUCUACUUUCCCCAUCUGCAGGUCAUCCCAAGACAUUCGUUGCCGAACUACGGAUGAAGCUGGUGUGUGUCAGUUCAGAUUUCGAAUGAGAUGUUGGUUUUUCUGUUGAAAAAAAGCUAACUGCCACAUUCUUUUGAAAUUUUAGCCCCCAAGAGUCGACGAGUAAGUAUUUUGUUUUAAGCCCAGAUAACACUGCUGUCGGAAGUAUCACCAACAGGGUUAUCGGGAGGCUGGACGUAAAAUGUAUGGCUCUUCGCCCAUCAGAAGUACCCCGACCCCGACCUCAUAGGCCAAAGUGCUUUGAACCACGAUUCCGUUGACCAAUGAGACAAGCUCUACCAGUUCGAUCGCGAGCUCAUGUCCCGUUCGCUGCUGUCGGAAAUUUCCAUCAGCACGGAAGUAACGUUCCCCCGCCUAUCCUUAUUGUGUUCCAGAAUUCGAUCAUACUGUUUGGCCUUGGAGGUCAGGCAUACAGUCCGUGCUUAACACGGCCUAUAAGUCAGAACUGAUUAUCUUAUUUCCACAUCGAGUAUUGACUACUCAGCAAUAUGAGGACUGAAGACUGGAACUGUAGGGAAGAACGGAAUCACCUGUGUGCUUUUAAGUAUUUCCAGUAUCAACUGAUAGAACUUGGGACCGUGGCUCAAGUGUUUGGCGGUUUCAUUCAAAUGCCUGAUGAGUAACCACCCUGUCAUAUGUUUCCAGCCCAGACUUAGGGUAUAGCUGGUCGUUGGUAGCAAUGACCGGUUGUCACUGUCGGUAGCAGUUUGCAAUUAUUACUUGCUUCUUGUUGUUUUACCUGGUAGGGCUCCAAUCUGGGUCUCCAAGACAAGAUGAAAUGUCCGUUUUUUAUCUUACAUUCAGAAAAGAUCGAUAAGUGUCACAUUUCUGACAAUUCAGUAUUUUGGCAAGUAUUCAAAUGGUCCCCUUUGGUCCUGCUAGGCUCCAUAUACCAGCAUACAGUAAAGACCGAUGCAUCAUUACAAAAACGAUGUACACCGGAGGUAAAUACUUACCAAACUGAUGCGCAUAGCACAUAUUCUCAGUUGUAGAAUUCCAGACCCAUGCGCUGCCUUAAUAGUCAUAUUUUUAAAAGCUUCCUAAUUAGUGUAUUUUUGACUCCAGCAUCUAAGUCCAUCUGCUCCGAUGGAAACAAGGCGCUAAUGAAUUCCUAAGCUACUUGUAGAAAGUGUUGUCUCUUUGUGGAGUAAUAUUUAAGAGUAGGCAAUGUUUAUUUACUACCAAAUGUUAUUCAAAAUAUUUCUAUAAACACAAACUAUGUUAGAUAGUGCAUAGACUUCAAGAACGCCCUUGUGCUUAUCAGAAUACGCCUACAGUGCUCUUAAAAAUGAAGGACCGUACCUACAAGCUCUUGAGCCACAAUUCUUGGUUUAAUCUGCUUAACUUUUGCAUCCUUUUUGAAUAGUAGAAAUUGUGCUCUACAGCCCUUGAAUGUCACCGGCCUAGUGGACGCGUGAUGGGAAUUGCUAGGUUUGUUGUCCUGACUGAAGCCGGUCUCUAGGAAGGCUACCCCGCGCAGACAAACGUUACGGUAGAUGAAGGAAUUUCGAGCACCAUUUCUUUGGUGGUGGUGGUGGUGGUGGUGGUGGUGGUGGUGGUGGUGGUGGUGGUGGUGGUGGUGGUGGUUGCAAUACGACACGACACAUUCAUCGUCGCAGGCGACGAUGUCCACCACUGCCUCACGAACUGGACCCAUCGACGGUUAUUUGUACGGGAAUUUAUUCAUGGCGAUUCGGACUUUCGCCGCAUCUACCUCACUCACCUUUCACACCCACUGUGCUCCGGUGGGAAGACAAGAUUGAAUCAAUCGCAGGUGGGCGUCGACGCAUUGGCUCGUCCAGGCGCGUCGCACACGACCCCGUCCCCAGACCCACAUGCAACAGCCUUUGUUUAAGGGGGUCCACGCAUCUGGCUCGCGUAGGUGAUAAUUCUCCAAGGUUGCAUUGAGAAUCUCUGCAGUUGGUAACCCAGCAAGCCAAAAAUUUUAACGUGUCCCGAUAGAUUCAAGUGUUUCAGCUUUAUUCUACUGGAGCAUGUGCUGAUUUGUCGUAAGGAUGGGUACCUGAUGCCGGCCUCGUUCUCUCCCCUCUUACUUGGCCCUAUGACUCGUCGGAGUUAAUGAAAUCUAAUGGGAUACUUAACUUGUGCAAUAGCAAAGUGACAUUCCUGCUGAGUUAUAAGAGUCCUCGGCAGUAUGAUAACUUAGCUCCGCGGGGUAAAUGAGCAAAGGCGGGAAAUGGCCUGGACUCGGCCAUUGUUUCAUCCUCACAGAGGGAAAUUAAACUCCUCGAAAAUGUCGUAAAGAUCUUUCCCAGGUGGCCUCCGUGGAUGUGGCUCAAGGAUUAGAUUGAACCAUGCGGACGAUUGGCUUGAAAGUAUUAUGACGCCGCCUGGUAUUCAAGAGAUCCCACGAAGCGUAUGCGCACUUAACUGUUGUCCCCAACACCAACACAGUAAAGAGAGGAAACGCAGUCGGCCGUGAGAAAAUGUACUAACAAUCAGGAGGUUCUUGUCACUGAAACGCUGGGUGUAUUUAUAGCAUUCCGUUCAGGUUGGCUAAUAUUCCGUCCAAUGCGCUUCCAGAGAAAGUUCUGUAAGAGUCAAGCGGCUCCUCACAGACAUGGACUAAUCAGAUCUGACGUGAGCACUGUGGCCACAACCAAUGCGGGACGCUGUCAAGCGCUCGUUCAUGGCAUGCAACGUGGGAGACGCGUGCACGCGCUUUUCUGUGAAAUUGACUCCUCGUGGGAAUGCGGACAUCCCCAACAGAAAGACUAGUGAGACCUGGAGGCAUCUAACCACCACUGCCUGUGGAGCCAAACCACCAAGGAAGACAACUGUAAUUAUGAUGCGUUCUUCCCCCUCCCAUGAAUCCGAUGUUUUUGUCCAAGUGCAGCUGAUAAAGUAGUCAACUCGAAAGUCGCUUUUAUAUAAUCUGUUAAGCCAUGAAGGCGGUUCUUGAACUUCUGAGGCAGCAGCAGGAAAUGUUUUGAGUACCGCUGUGGUGCUAUCGGUGACAUCGUCAAUGCCUGUUCUGUUGGAUAGCCGUACCAAAUACUAAAUAAUAAAAUCACUACCGGAAUUGUACUAACCCCACUUUUGGUAGCACCAAAUCCGUCUGCUUGGUCAACACUGUUCCUGCAAUCAUUAUUGCAACCCAAGUCAUCUAAAAACUACAGCUGUGACCGCCACAACUCCUUUCCAUCUUUUUAGUGAUGUCUCUGAACGGGUUGAGCCCUCAACCAAGCCAUUGUGUGAAGAACCUCCUGUUUGCCCUCCACUUACAACACGUCAGGCAGGUUUAUUUUUGGCCUUGCAGUUCUUCCGCCUCUCCACUCAUUUGUCUGGCUUUAAACGUUCGUUGAAAAUGGGACUUUUCGCAGAUUUUCCACACUUACGUAGAUCAUCGUUUUCUCACAAGCAACUUUACCAGUGCGAAGUCGACGAGACAUACAGAACUAAAUGAAUUCCAUGAAUCUCUUAACCUCAAUCAGGCCUGACGGGUUUUUGAUGUAACCACAGCUCUCAACUAUCCCCUCUCGCAUCAGCGCACCUCCCCCCCUCCCGCGCCUUUUGUGGACAACGUUUCCUGUUGCUUAUACAUCCAUCCCACUUGAUUGUGAUAUAAUGCUUCCUUGAUUAAAUGCUUGUUUAAUAAGUGCGCAGAAACCAUCUGCAGUUAUGCAAGAGCACACGAUACCUUCGGUGUCAUUGAAUUAUGUCUGUUUUGUCACCUUCGCCCUGUCAAAAUCUUUUAGAGUCAUAACAGUUUUUAAUUUAAUGAUAGAAGGGCGCUCACCAAUCGCGCUACGGAACUCACUCGUCCCAUUGUUCCUUGGAGCUCUUGAGCUCCGCUAGCAGCCGCUCAGCGGCGCGUAAUAUAAGCAGGAUGACUUUGCUGGUAAAACCAAGGGAGACUGGAAUGACCAUUUCUGGCUUAUUAGUCGUCUUCAGCUAGUCAUACCCAACUCCGAAGUGCGCAACACCAGGGGCUCGAUUUCACGACCUGUUGGUUAGAAGUCCAACAUCCCUAACCACUGAGCCACGGGCUUGUCCGGUAUGCAAUGAUAGAGACGGCGCUCACCCACUACCCUUGUAUAUACCUGAUCGCAAGUCUUUAGUUUAUCAGUCAGUAUCAGUCAGUAUAUUUGGAGUAAACGACAGAAGCCAUGAAAACUCCAUUUAGAGGGUACAGGUAUAGAGUAAAAUAGUUAAAUUGCAAAACUUUUGCUUGCAGUUUUAGUAGGGAGAAUUCAUAAAUCUAAUAAUGUAACAUAAAGGUGAAAGGGGUAUUGUAUUCGCAAAAUAAUUGCGAAAAACUUUGUUCACUGCAUUCGGACUGUGAAAAUUUCAAUAUGGGCUAAGUUUGACGCAAAAAUAGGAUCUGUUGAAAUCAUGUUAGUAGUAUAUUUAUAGUCAUUUCAAUAAUCCGUUAGAUCAGGCUUCGGCAGUUUGGGUUGCCUUUCAGCAGGUGAGUAUCCAGUUGUCUCUUGAACACGUUCACGGUAGGGGAAUUAACAACAAACUCCGGCAAAGAGUUCCAUUGGCGAAUGACCCUCUGUGAGAAAAAGGAGGAACGUUGAUUUGUGUGGCACAGUUCCUUUUUAAGCUGGUAAUCAUGUCGUCUGAGAUUGGACUUGGGUGCCAUUUCAAAAAACGUUUCCCAGUCGACAUCCAGAUUAAGUCCUUUUACCAACUGGAACGUUGCUAUGAGGUCACCUCUGUCCUGCCUGUAGUGGAGGGGAUAGAGGUUUAAGGCCGUCAGGCGCUGCUCGUACGUGAAGUUUUUGAGGCCAUGAACAGCCUUGGUAGCACGCCGUUGUACACCUUCAAGGAUAUCUAUAUCCUUCCAAAGCCACGGCCGCCAAGCCUGUACCGCAUAUUCCAGGUGCGGCCGCACAAAUGUCCCGUAUACUUUGCCAAAGACAUCUUUAUUCAAGUGAAUAAACGUUCUGCGUAUCGCGCUCAUAACGGACAUUGCCCGCGCAGCGACUUUAGAACACUGCGUGGUGACGUUUAGAUCGUCUUUAAUGAAUACACCGAGAUCUUUUUGCACAUCUACGGUUUUAAGUGGUUGAUUGUCCAGGAGAUACUGUCGUGGGGGUGCAUUUGUUCUUCGCCUCGCUGAUACUACGUGCAUUACUGCACAUUUUUUGACGUUGAAUUUUAUGCACCAUUUCUCGCUCCAUGCGUGCAAAUUCCUUACGUCCUCUUGUAGCAUCCUGACGUCAUCUUCAUCUUUUAUCGCUCUCCAAAGUUUAAGGUCGUCUGCAAAGAGCGCUAUGUCUGAUUUCACUUCCCGUACCAGGUCAUUUACAUAGAUAAUGAAUAGGAGCGGCCCAAGAACUGACCCCUGUGGGACUCCACUCGUAACAGGUGCCCUUCAGUUAUUGGGUGCUUGAACAUAAUCGAUACCGAGUAAAGACCAGUACCAUAGUCGCAAAUACGUUUUUAGAGAGAGAAUGAAACUGGUUCGCCUCUGUUUCCUAUGGGUAUCCGCUGUACAGACUGCACGCAGGCAAAUAAGUCUUCAUGAACGAAAUCCCUGUGAGUCGACCCUAAUUAUGCUGGACAUUGUGUGCAAAUAGGAAGUUUAUGUGCAUAUUACUUUAAUUCCAAUCACAGCUUCAAGGUUCCUCCGGUUUAUAUUAUUCCUAUCUGAAAUAGUUAUUUCCGGGAUCAUAAACCAGAGGUCUCAACGACUCUGAAGGCGUGGGCAAAACUGCGAUAGUUGAUCGUUACAGUGGUUUUUAUGUAUACUUGUCCUUAGUAGUCCUGUCCGAUCUGAACAUCUGCAAUACAAUAGUUCGACCAUCGCAGAUGACGACGUUUACCCUCCGCCCUACAGUGGGCGCAGGAGGAUUACUUGUGCGCGAGUUAGUUUAUAGUUAGACAAGCUUGCGCAACAUUUGUCUCACUCACUCAUCCCUCACUCAGCUGCCUCAGAUAGCAAGACACUGCCGAAACGACCGGAGGUGGUCUCGAACGCAGUGACCGACAAAGCUUGA